AUGAAUCCCUGUGCAAACCCAGAUCCUACUACUCUGCACCUCAAAAGCUCUCCCACUACCCCAACAUUAUCUUCCACCUGCAUUUCAAAUAAGAUGGAUCCUGCUACCCCUGCUGGGAUGGCUCUUGUAACUGCUAAAGAGGCCUCAGCAGCACCAUCUCCUAAGGAAGGACCUACUGUCCCACCUUUGACUCCUCCCUUCUCCAAACCAACACCAUCCCCCAAAGGGGACCCCACAACCUUACCUGUGAACCCUCCCUUUAUCAGAGAGGCCUUACCAGCCCCACCCAAAAAAAAGAGCUCUACUCCUUCAGGUGUGGUUCCUCCCUCUUCCAAAGAGACCCCAGCAGCAGUAUCCCCCAAAGAAGGACCCACUACCCCACCUGGGACCCCUCCCUCUGUCAAAGAGGCCUUAUCAGCCCCAACCCCAAAAAAGAGCUCUACUCCUUCAGAUGUGGUUCCUCCCUCUUCCAAAGAGGCUCCAGCAGCACCAUCCCCCAAAGGGGGCCCCAGUGGCCCAUCUGUAUCCCCUCCCUCUUCCAAAGAUGACCCCAUUAUCCCAUCUGUGGCUGCUCCUUCCCAAAAGGCCCCAGCAGUACCACCCCCCAAGGGGGGCUCCAGUGCCCCACCUGUGACCUCUCCUUCCAAAGAUGCCCCAGCAGCACCAUCCCCAAAAGGGGGCCCCAGUGCCCCACCUGUGACUCCUCCCUCUGCCAAAGGUGCCCCAGCAGUACCAUCCCCCAAGGGGGGCUCCAGUGCCCCACAUGUGGCCUCUCCUUCCAAAGAGGCCCCAGCAACACCAUCCCCCAAAGGGAGCCCUAUUGCCCCAUCUGUACCCCCUCCCUCUUCCAAAGGUGACCCCAUUAUCCCAUCUGUGGCUGCUCCUUCCCAAAAGGCCCCAGCAAUACCAUCCCCCAAAGGAGGAUCCAGUGCCCCACCUGUGACCCCUCCUUCCAAAGAAGCCCCAACUGCACCAUCCCCCAAAGGGGGCCCCAGUGCCCCACCUGUGACCUCUCCUUCCAAAGAUGCCCCACCAGCACCAUCCCCCAAAGGGGGCCCCAGGGGCCCCAGUGCCCCACCUGUGACCUCUCCUUCCAAAGAUGCCCCACCAGCACCAUCCCCCAAAGGGGGCCCCAGUGCCCCACCUGUGACUCCUCCCUCUGCCAAAGGCACCCCAGCAGUACCAUCUCCCAAGGGGGGCUCCAGUGCCCCACAUGUGGCCUCUCCUUCCAAAGUUGCCCCAGCAGCACCAUCCCCCAAGGGGGCCCCCAGGGCCCCAUCAGUGACCUCUCCUUCCAAAGAUGCCCCAGCAGCACCAUCCCCCAAAGGGGGUCCUACUUCCCCACCUGUGACUCCUCCCUCUGCCAAGGGGGUCCCCAGUGCUCCAACAGUGACCUCUCCUUCCAAAGAGGGCCCCAGUGCCCCACCUGUGACUCCUUCCUCUGUCAAAGAGGCCCCAAAAGCCCCACUCCACAAAAAGAAAUCAACUCUUUCAGGUGUGGUUCCUCCCUCUUCCAAAGAGGCCCCAUCAACACCACCCCCUAACAACCCUGUUAUCCCACCUGUGACCUUUACUUCCAAAGAGACACCUGGAGCACCACCCCAAAAAAAGAGCCCUACUCCUUCAGUUGUGGUUCCUCCCUCUUCCAAAGGGAUCCCUGCAGCUCCAUCCUCCAAGGGAAAACCCACUUCCCAACCUGUGACUGCUCUUUCUACCAAAGAGGCACCAGAAGCACCAUCCCCCCAAAAAAGUUCUACUCCUGUUGUAGUUCCUUCCUCUUCAAAAGAGGCUCCAGUAGCAGCAUCCCUCAAGGGGAGAUCUGCUCCCCCACCUGUGACUCCUCCCUCUUCCAAAGGCACCCCUGCAGCACCAUCCCCCAAGGGGAAACCAACUCCCCCACCUGUGACUCCUGCUGUCAAAGAGGCCCCAGCAGCACCAUCCUCCAAAAGUUGCCCUACUACCCCAUCUGUGGCUCUUCCCUCUUCCAGAGAGGCCCUAGCAGCAGCACCCUCCAAAGUGGGUCCCACUGCCCAACCUGUAGCUAUUCUCUCUGCCAAAGAGGCCCCAGGAGCAUCAUCCUCCAAGAAGGCUCACAUUGUUCUACCUGUGGCUCCUCCCUCUUCCAAAGGAGUAUUAUCAUCACCAUCCCCUAAGGGGGACCUCAGUGCCCCAUAUGUUACUCCUUCCUCUUCUCAAGAGGCCUCAGCAGCACCAUCCCCCCAAAGUGGCCCUACUACCCCACCUGUGGCUUUUCCCUCUUCCAAAGAGGCUCCAGCAGCUCCAUCCCCCAAAGGAGAGCCCACUAACUCACCUAUAACUCUUCCCUCUGCAAAGGGUGGUCCCAUUGCUCCACCUGUGACUCCUCCCUCUUCUAAAGAGACUCCAACAAGCCUGUCCACCAAAAGUCUUCCAACUUCAGUCACCUGUCCCUUGGAAGUCAUUGCACCUAAAGCAUCUAAAGAACUCUCAACAAAGAAAGGCCAUGUAGCUUUCAAAGAAAUAAUUGCCCCCUCUGCAGAAAGUACAUCACUCGUCACACCUACUCGGAAAGGUCCAUCAGCCAAGAAGGGUCCCACUCCUUCACCUUCAGUAUGCUCAGAUUCCUCUGCUAAACCUGAUACUAAAGAGUCACUUCCUGAAGUAACUCCAACCCCUCUACUGAAGGGCUCCAAUCAGAAAGGCUCUUCUACAAAGACUCCCAACACUCUCCCAGUUUCUCCCAUGAAAGGCAAAGAUUCUGUUCAUGCGCCAAAGGUCCCCUUGGCUUCUGAGCAUAAAGCAUCUACCCCUCUAGCAGUGGCUACUUCUGAAAAGGUCCUUCCUCAAACUGGAUCAGCAUCUGUCUCUUCAGCACCUACCCCACCAGUCUCUCUGCCUCUUGCUCCCUCCCUAGUUCCCCCUCUGCUUCCUAAACAGCCGUUUCUGCCGUCCUCACCUGGUCUAGUGCUGGAAUCACCCCAUAAGCCUCCAGCCCCUUCUGAUGAGGAUGAGCUGCCGCCUCUGAUUCCCCCGGAACCAAUCUCUGGGGGCGUGCCUUUCCAGCCGGUCCUGGUCAACAUGCCCACCCCUAAAUCUACUGGGAUCCCUGCCCCACCCCCCUCUGCCAAGCAACCUGUUCUGAAGAACAACAAGGGUAUUUGCCUUGGUUUGCUGUGUGCAUGGUGUGUUGCCCACACCCCUCUUGGGGGCUACCCACCAAUACUAACCCUAGGGUGCGCUUUCUCCAGUGUAUCUGUUUAG